CCAAAACUUGGAAAGAGUCUCUCUACGUCACGUCUCUCUCUCUCUCCCUGCGACACCAUUAAAGCACCUUCACCCUCAUCACUUUUCUCUCUCAAAUCCUCGAUCCAACCCAAUUCCAUCAACCAUGCCUUCUUCUUCACUUUCACCAUCCUCAUCUCAGACCCCCCAAUACCUCCAAGAGCUUCUCGAAUCAGCUCGCCCCUUCCUCCGCGGCGAGCUCGAAUCCAUCGACACCAACCUCCCCUCCCUCCUCGCCGUCCUCCGCUCCGUCGGUGCCGGCGAGUGCUGGCACAAGCACGGCAGCUUCCUCGACCACCUCCUCGAUAUCUACCGCAUUCUCAAGCUCUGGAAAGCCCCCGACUCUGUCUCCCUCUGCGGCCUCUUCCACUCCGCCUACUCCAACUCCUACGUCAACCUCGCCAUCUUCGAUCCCUCCACCGGCCGCGACACCGUCCGCCACCACGUCGGCGCCGCCGCCGAACGCCUCAUCCACCUCUUCUGCAUCGUCCCUCGCCAGCCUCUGAUCCACGACGACAUCCUCUUCAAAUACACCGAUUCGGAACUCGUCGAACACCUCAAACUCUCCGAGUUUUCUCUCAAAAACGCGAAAGAGAAAGGGGUUUUCAACGAAGACGAGGCUUGGAGGAAGAAAUUGCAGUCGAUCGUUCCCGAAAAUGGGGUCACCGUGAAGCACAUCAAGACCGGCGAGGACGUCGUCGUUUCGAGGCGUGUCGUCGCGGUCUUUGUCAUGAUGACAAUGGCGGAUUUCAGUGACCAGCUCUUCGGUUUCCAGGACGCCUUGUUUGAGAAUCACAACGGCCUUCUCGAGUUCUCAGGCAACAAUUUCACAGCUCUGUGGCCCGGAGACGGCAAACCCGGGUUGUGGAUGAACUCAAUUUCAAGAAUGGGUGCAAUAUACAGUCUGUUAGUGAGAGAAGAAGAGAUUUUCAUGGAAAGGAGGAAGAGGGAUGGACUUGUCAUUGGUGUGGAUAGAGAUGAAGAGAUUGAGCUUGUGAUACCACCAGUUUUUGAAAACUGUACUAGGGUUUUGGGUGCAGGAGAGCAGAUAGUUGGGAGGGACAUGUAUUGGGAAGGUGUUGUUUGUGAUGUGUCUAAAAAAGGAAUGAUGGAGAGAGCUGAGGAGAUGUUGGUCAAGUGUGUUGAGAACAACCCUUUUGUUGGAGAGCCACAUGUGGUGUUGGGUCAGAUUUAUCUGAGUAAAGGGAGGUUUGAGGAGGCUGAGAGGGAGGCUGAGAAAGGGCUUACACUCAUUUUGGAGUGGGGGAGUCCUUGGGAUAAGAGGAUGUCUUGGGAAGGUUGGAUUGCUUGGGCUAGAGUUUUGGUGAUGAAAGCUAAGGAGAGGUCUUGGCCUCAGACUUCUUGGGGCAUUCUCAACUUAGGGCUUGUUAGGUAAAAUUCCCUACUUUUAAAAUAAUUUAAGAAUUAAGUUUUGGCCUAGCAUCAUAUAUAUAUUCAGUUGUUUAAUCAUGUAUUUCAUUUCUGCAGUUGUGGGGAAGUUCUUAAUUUAAGGGUCUUUGUGUACUCUGUUCUAGUUGUAACAAAACCAUGAGUACAAAUUAAUGCACAGAAUAAACUAUAUGUCAAUUUAUGUUC